AAAAGCCAAUGACAAUGAGAAGGGAUGAAACAUUAGUGAUGAUAAUGGCAACAACUAGGUCAACGACAACAAGCGCUUGCUUCUUCCUCAUCUGCCUUUACUCCUCGUUUUACCCCUCUACUUCAGCUCCCAUCUUUCCCAAAGCGGCGCUCCCCACCAAAUCAGGCUACCUCCCGGUCAACCCCACCACCGGUUCCGCUAUUUUCUAUGCCUUCUACGAAGCUCAAGCCCCCACUUCCCCUCCCUCCAAAACCCCUCUUCUCAUUUGGCUCCAAGGUGGCCCUGGCUGUUCCUCCAUGAUCGGCAACUUGUUCGAGCUCGGACCAUGGCGUGUCGUCUCUUCUCACAACAAAAACGCUCACGAUUUGUCUCUUGACCCCAAUCCAGGUCCUUGGAACCGUUUGGUUGGUCUUCUUUUUCUCGAUAAUCCUAUCGGAACAGGGUUUAGUAUUGCAGCAACACAGCAGGAGAUUCCCAGAGACCAACAUUCCGUAGCCAAGCAUCUCUUUGCUGCCAUCACUGGGUUUACAUCAUUAGAUCCGUUGUUUAAGGAUCGUCCUAUUUAUAUUACCGGUGAGAGUUAUGCAGGGAAGUACGUGCCUGCGAUCGGGUACUACAUUUUGAAUAAAAACCCCAAGUUGCCAGUGUCACAAAGAGUGAACUUGGCGGGUGUGGCUAUCGGCGAUGGACUAACAGAUCCGAUCACCCAAGUGGCAACACAUGCCGACAGUGUUUACUAUUCCGGUUUAGUCAACGAGAGGCAAAAACGUGAACUUGAGGAAGCACAAAAGGAGGCUGUUGAAUUGGUUAAGAUGGGGAACUGGAGUGAGGCGACGACUGCCAGAAACAAGGUCAUGAGAAUGGUGGAAAACAUGACUGGUUUGGCCACUUUGUAUGACUUCACAAAGAAAAGGCCUUAUCAGACGAGUUUAGCAACCAGAUUUCUCAACAUAGCCGAGGUAAAGAGAGCGUUAGGAGUGAAAGAAUCGAUGGUUUUCGAGGAGUGCAGUGAUGUUGUCGGGGAAGCAUUGCACAACGACGUAAUGAAGAGUGUCAAGUAUAUGGUGGAGUUGUUGGUGGAGAAGAGCAAGGUGUUAUUGUAUCAAGGGUUAUACGACUUAAGGGACGGUGUGGUAUCAACGGAAGCAUGGAUGAAGACGAUGAAAUGGGGAGGGAUCGAGAAGUUCAUGAUGGCUGAUAGAGUGAUUUGGAAAGUGAAUGGAGAGGUUGCUGGGUACUUGCAAAAAUGGGGGAGCUUGACCCAUGUUGUUGUUUCAGGGGCGGGGCAUCUAUUGCCUGCAGAUCAAGCUUUGAAUUCUCAGGCUAUGAUUGAGGAUUGGGUUUUGGAGAAGGGACAGUUUGGUGGGAAGCAAAGUGGUUCAUCUUCCAAAUACAGGGCAACCCUAUGAAUUUAACUGCUCUGGUGUACUUGUUCGCUUUCAGUGAUCUGUAGUUUUAAGCCAUGUAAUCAAUGCUACUCAAUAAGAAGAACACACUCCCUUGUUUAUCUGUAAACAUGAAGCCAAAGAUUGUUAUGGUUGAUGAAACCCAUGAUGUAACAGGCAAGAUGUGGAACAGAUGUCAUCUCUCGAGACUAUUA